AAUUGAGUUUAUUUGGUAAUUGUAGGGAAUAAUGAAUCCAAAACUAAUAAUUCGCAGUAAAUUUGGAAAAUUGGGUAUAGUAGUUUGAUAAUAACAGAUAAUCAAAUGACAAAAAUUGGACAAAAAAGUUAAUUUGAUACUAACAACGGUUGUUGUUUUAAGUGAAAGAAAAAUUUGCUCUUAAUGACACUAAUUGAACUGAACAGUGAGUUUGGCACUAACUGCAAACAGUGAAAGUUUAAAAAAACUUGAAAAAUUGAAUAUAGUGAUUUGAUAUUAUGAUAGGAGGAUGGAAAAUGAAUAAAAUGAUGGAAUCGACACUAAUUAUGUUGACAAAAGAGUGAACUUGAGAUUAAAAUAAGACAAAGCCAAUUCCUUACAGCCCACUCUAUAUUUUAGUAGUCAAGGAUUAAAUGUGAAGAUUCCCAUUGGAAUUAAUUUUAGCGGGAGAAGGUUUAUUAGUGGGAAAAUUCAGUAUGAAACAGAGGAUCUAAUUAAAUACCUCAUUACUCGCGACUAUUUUUGAAAUUCCCAAUUUCAUUAACAAAAUUAAGACUUUAUUGGAUAUGGCCGGGGAAGCAAACCAGAAGAAAAAAGGCAAGUUAUCGAAGCAAGAUUCGAAUAGAUCGGCAAAAGAUUCGGAUAUAGAAACCGAUAGGCCUUCGGCGAGUGCUAGUAAUCCAGAUAAAUGUAGAAGUGGAAUACGAGUUUAUAAAAUCGUCGUAUUAGGAGACGGAGGAGUUGGAAAAUCGGCCGUCACACUUCAGUUUGUUAGUCAUAGUUUUUUGGAUUAUCACGAUCCAACUAUUGAGGAUUCGUAUCAACAGCAAGCCGUUAUUGAUGGAGAACCGGCCUUAUUGGAUAUUUUGGAUACAGCUGGACAGGUGGAAUUCACCGCUAUGAGGGAUCAAUACAUGAGGUGCGGUGAAGGUUUCCUGAUCUGCUACAGCGUUACAGAUCGUCAUAGUUUCCAAGAAGUCCUAGAAUACAAGAAACUAAUACAAAAGGUAAGAGCUUCAGAAGAUACUCCUCUCGUUUUAGUAGGAAAUAAAUUCGAUCUUCAUUCGCAACGGAAAGUUUCCACCGAGGAAGGGAAAGGUUUGGCCAAACAGUUCGGUUGUCCGUUUUUCGAAACGUCGGCGUGUUUGAGGACGUACGUCGACGACGCGUUCCAUACACUCGUCAGAGAGAUAAGGAAAAAGGAAAGGGAGAGAUUAGGUUUGCCGGGCUGUGAUCAUAAACCCAAGAGGCACAGCAAAUGGUGGAGACUUCGGAGUAUAUUCGCUUUGGUGUUUAAAAGGAGGAGGCAUCACAAUUUCAAUGCGUAAAAUGCUCGAUUUUAAUCCUUGAUAUCGAGUUUCGUUCGUUGAUUUUUCUACAAGGAAACCAGGAUGUUGAUUGGCUUUUCUUUUUUUUUUCUCUACGAUGCUUUAGAUUUUUGAAAUCUAUUUGUUGAUUUAUUAUGAGCAGUAUUUAAUCGUUUAUUUAUCGAAAAUGUUGAACAUUUAUAGAGUGGUACAAAAGUUUAGAUUAUUUCGAAAAUAAUACAAUUUUCUUUCAACAAUUUUCAUUUGAACAUAACAAUUACUUAGUUAACAGUAAUAAUUAUUAUUUAGUAGACUUUUGUUCCAUUCUGUAUAACGAUUUUUCGUGGCGCAAAAAAGUAUGGAAUAUAUGAGACUGUAGCACUUUGAGGUUAGAUUUUACUUCUAAUUUUGACGGUUUCUUAUAAAUUCAUUUGACAUUUUCUAUUCCGCACCCCUACUGUCAUGCUAGCCAAUCCGAGACUAUAAAAUAUUCUCGUUCAGUCAUUCAGAACAGUUCUAGAACGUUUUGGUGCAUUGGUUAACGGCUUUAUAUGGAUAAAGGGCCAAAAGUAUAGAAAAAAAGAAGAUAUAUAAAUAAACAACUCUUGUUAGGUAAUUCAGAACAGCUCUAGAACGUUUUGGAGCACUGGUUAACGGCGUUGUAUAGGGAAAGGCCAGAAAGUACAGAAAGAAGAAUAACUAAUGUCUAAGCACAAAUUCGAUUUGUUAUUAAUCAAUUCCCAGUGAUUAUACCAAUAAUGAACAAUCAUAUAAACCCAGUGUUGUUGUCUAGUCCAUACUUUAUAUAAAUAUAAAUAAUAACGCAAUAAUUUUACUUAAACGAAAGAUCUCUAGUGGUUUACUAAUAUAAAAAUUAUAUAUUAGUAAAAUUGAAAUUAAACCUUGAACCCCCAAUCCUUUAUCGUUUAUUUAUCAUUUAAAUAGGGUACUAGAGAUUUUAAUUUAUUUUUAUAAAAAAAAAAUAUUUGAAUAAACGAUAUAUUGACCAAAAAUUUUUAUACCUGUAUAUUGUGCAAUAGGACGCGGCAAGUUCCGAAUUUAAACGUGAUUCCAGUUGAAUUUUCGAUACUUUCAAUAAGUUGAAAAAAAAAAUGUUCAGUUUUCUAAUUAUCUCAAGCUUAAAAAUUACGACACAAGAAAUUAAACGGAACACUUGACAGAGUGUAUCUCAUUCUAAUAUAGGAACUUGUAUUUUAAUGAAAAUGCGGUUUAGUAUCAAUUUGUCUAUGAUUGGAACACAAAACAGAAAUGUGCAACGUUAACUGCCCUCACGGAACCCGUAAUCUCUAUUGCGCAGAAUCGUCACCGUCACUGAUUUAGAAAGAACCUGUUUCCUAUUUAACAAUUUUAUCUACAUCGACUUUAGUUACUUUUGUAUCUCAUUCUAAUUUUAGAACACGAAUUUUAUUAAAGGUAUUACUUUGUCUAUGAUUCGAGUUAAGGACUACUUUCACUAAUCCCACAUAAUAUAAUGUCAUGACGUCACAAAUAACAACGAUAUAAUUAUCAUAUAGCUUCCAUAUUGGUGACAUUGACAAUAUUUUGACUUGAUAUUAUUUUUGCAUUCUUUUCUUCAUGUGUUUAUAUAUGUUCCAAUCAAAACUUAACAUGAAAUAAACCACUUUAUGCUGUUUGAUUACAUUUUAUUACGAAGUGAGGUGAUGGCGAAAAACAGACUAAUAGAUUUGGUUAAAUUAAAAAAGAAGAUUUAGCGUCAUAUGUCAUAACAUUGUUAAAUUGGUUAGUUUGAGAUAAUUAUGUAUUAAAAUUGAUGUUUUCCGAAGAGAUCAUUUAUUCAAUCAAAACCAUAAAUUAUCAUUUUUAUACAGAGAAGAAAAUAUAUUUGAUGGCUUGUAAGGAAGUAUAAUUUAAAUUUAUAAUUUGCCAAAUUCCUAUUUGUUUUUACGAUUAUUAUUUAAUCUUUUUUUUUUGAAUAUAUAUAUUUAAAUUAGAUACUGUAUAACCUGUAUGGUAAUUGUUGCAUUUAUAGAGUAUAUUUAGAAGAUAUUUAUUGCUAAAAUGUUAUAUUGUUAAGUAUUGAACUUAUUAUUUAUUAUUAUUAUUAUUGAAGUUUGCCACAAGGAGGCUUAAAAUAUUGUACGUUUUUAAAAAUAACAGCGGGCCGAAUUCACAAAACAUUUUUUUAUAGCAAGUAAAAUGAUUCUCAAAAUUUCAAUCUGUUUUAUAUAGGGUUUUCCAUUAAUCAUUUUCUACUUACUAACAAUUAAUUGUUAUGUUGUUUACUGACUUAUUUCUAUAGACCUGCAAUGUGACAAAAUUUCACCAGAAAAAAUCGAACGAGGUGAAAUCGUGCGAUAUUAGUGGCUAUUAAAGUCAAAAGAAGUUGAAACCAACGUCGUAUUUGAAAAAAGAUGGAUUGAUUACAUCAAAUUGGUUCUUUUGUGAAUUGGUAUCGUCUCUAAUUUGAUAAUUUUGUUUCUUGAUAUAUCCAUUCAUGUCGAAAUGAGCUUCAUCACUGUAGAUAUGUUAAUGGUGGAUUAGUAAAAGAAUUUGGUUAAAAUUUGGAAGACCCUUAGUAAUAAUCUUGAUUGGAUACAUUAUUUUCAUAUUUUAUAGUUAUUAUUAAAUAAUUCGAUGUAUUGAUUCACUUAUUUUUUAGUUAGAUCAUAUUUUGACGCGCCCUGUAUAUAUUAUCGUAAUCAGUUUAUCAGAAAAAGAUUUAUUGAUUUUAUUGAAGUACUCCAGUUACCAAUUUUUUAAUGGUCUAUUAAUUUUUUUCUAGUCAUGUAUUUUUUUAAGGGUUCUGCAUACAUUUUUUAUUUUUAUUGAUAAAUUACACAGCUGGACGUAAUUUGGUGAAAAUUUUGUAAUCAUUGUAGUAAAAUCGGUAUAGAUAAAUGUUACACAAAAUAUUCCAAACGAAACGUCAUUUAAAGGAAUUUUCAAAAUUUGAGUGGAUAUAUACAUAUGAGACAACCUAUAUAUAAAUAUUUUCAAGUCUUUUUUUUAAAAAGAUUUGUUAUAAAAAAACGUUCCAUUGAAACGUUAUAUCCACAUCUUCCACUUCUAAUCUAUUUCUUCUUUUUUUGGUUCUAGAAACAGUUGUUUUAUCUAAAAAAUUGACAGUUGACAUUUGAUCAGUCAAUGUUAAAUGAAUUGUUUUGAUUUUAAAUUAUCUAAAACAUUGUUAAAAUACAAAAUAAACACGUAAUAUUAUUAAUCGAAACAAAUACGAGUGUAAGGGGGGAGUGACUAAAACAAACUGUUAACAUAUUGAGGGUUAGUUUUUUAAUGAAAUUUUAUGUUUACAUCUAUUUUAGUCUAGUGGAUUUUUAUAACUGGUUGUAUUGUAACUCAGUAUUUUAUUAAAAACAUAGUUUUUAUUAAUUUGGUGAAGGUAAGUGUUAUUUUUUAACAAUUUUAGAUAAUGAUUACGCUGGAUUUCAAUUACGUCCAGUCAGUGUUGAAAUUUUAGUUAAAUAGAGCAGACCCUAUACGUAGAAUAACAAUCCAAAUGUUAGUUAACUAAAUUCGAUGUAUGUAAAUGUAAAUCUGUGCACACAAAAUGUAGAAAAUCAUGAUAAAUAUUAUAUGUAUCAAAAAUAUGAUUUUUGAUGUACGUUGAACGCUUUAUAAUUUUUUUUUAAUAAAUAAAAGAAAUUUUAA